AGAAGUGGAGGCAGCAUUCUUCCUAUUUAAAGCUGCAUCGCUUGAAAAAAGUUUUCUCAGACUGUGCUGGAGCUGGUGCUGAAAAAGGGGGUUUGCAAAGGCUGCCCCGGGGCCGGUGCUGAAAGAGCCCGCAGCUGACUUCAUGGUGCUACAAUAACCUUAGAAUCUACUUUUCACUCCCAGGAGAACCCACAUGUCUAAUAUUUAGACAUGAUGGCAAACUGGGUGGAAGCAAGACUUCUCCUCAUUCUGACUGUUUUAUUAGGGCAGUUUGUCUCAAUAAAAGCCCAGGAAGAAGGCGAGGAUGAAGGAUAUGGUGAAGAAAUAGCCUGUACUCAGAAUGGUCAGAUGUACUUAAACAGAGACAUUUGGAAACCUGCCCCUUGCCAGAUCUGUGUCUGUGACAAUGGAGCCAUUCUUUGUGACAAGAUACAGUGCCAGGAUGUACUUGAAUGUGCUGACCCUGUAACCCCUCCUGGAGAAUGCUGUCCUGUCUGCCCACACACAACUGGAGGUGGCAAUACGAAUUUUGGUAGAGGAAGAAAGGGACAAAAAGGAGAACCAGGAUUAGUGCCUGUUGUAACAGGCAUACGUGGGCGUCCAGGACCAGCAGGACCUCCUGGUUCACAAGGACCAAGAGGAGAGAGGGGCCCGAAGGGAAAACCUGGUCCUCGUGGUCCUCAGGGAAUUGAUGGAGAACCAGGUGUUCCUGGUCAGCCCGGUGCCCCAGGGCCUCCUGGACAUCCAUCCCACCCAGGACCUGAUGGCAUGAGCAGGCCAUUUUCAGCUCAGAUGGCUGGGUUAGAUGAAAAAUCUGGACUUGGAAGUCAAGUAGGCCUCAUGCCUGGCUCUGUGGGUCCUGUUGGCCCAAGGGGACCUCAAGGCUUACAAGGGCAGCAAGGUGGCAUUGGCCCUACAGGACCUCCUGGUGAACCUGGCGAACCUGGACCAAUGGGUCCAAUAGGUACACGUGGACCAGAGGGCCCUCCUGGAAAACCUGGUGAAGAUGGUGAACCUGGUAGAAAUGGAAAUCCUGGUGAAGUGGGAUUUGCAGGAUCUCCGGGAGCUCGAGGAUUUCCUGGGGCUCCUGGUCUUCCAGGCCUGAAGGGUCACCGAGGACACAAAGGUCUUGAAGGCCCUAAAGGUGAAGUUGGAGCAACUGGUUCCAAGGGUGAAGCUGGCCCUACUGGUCCAAUGGGUGCCAUGGGUCCAAUGGGCCCAAGGGGAAUGCCGGGAGAAAGAGGGAGGCUUGGGCCGCAGGGGGCUCCGGGACAACGAGGUACACAUGGUAUGCCUGGAAAACCCGGGCCGAUGGGUCCCCUUGGGAUACCUGGAUCGUCCGGUUUUCCAGGAAAUCCUGGGAUGAAGGGAGAAGCAGGUCCCACUGGAGCAAGAGGCCCUGAAGGUCCCCAAGGGCAAAGAGGUGAAACUGGGCCACCGGGUCCAGUUGGCUCUCAGGGUCUUCCUGGUGUGGUAGGAACUGAUGGGACACCUGGUGCCAAAGGCCCAACGGGCUCUCCUGGUACCUCGGGUCCUCCUGGCUUAGCAGGGCCCCCUGGGUCUCCGGGACCUCAAGGUAGCACGGGACCUCCAGGAAUUCGAGGCCAACCGGGUGAUCCAGGAGUUCCAGGUUUCAAAGGAGAAGCUGGCCCAAAAGGGGAACCAGGGCCACAUGGUAUUCAGGGUCCAAUAGGCCCAGCUGGUGAAGAAGGCAAAAGAGGUCCCCGAGGUGAUCCAGGAACAGUCGGUCCUCCAGGCCCAAUGGGAGAAAGGGGUGCUCCUGGCAAUCGUGGUUUUCCAGGCUCUGAUGGUUUACCUGGACCAAAGGGGGCUCAAGGAGAAAGGGGUCCUGUGGGUUCUUCGGGACCUAAAGGAGGUCAGGGGGACCCAGGACGGCCAGGUGAACCUGGGCUGCCAGGUGCUCGGGGUCUGACGGGAAAUCCUGGUGUUCAAGGUCCUGAAGGAAAACUUGGGCCUUUGGGUGCUCCAGGGGAGGAUGGCCGGCCGGGUCCUCCAGGCUCCAUAGGAAUCAGAGGGCAACCUGGGAGUAUGGGUCUUCCAGGCCCCAAAGGUAGCAGUGGCGACCCUGGAAAACCUGGAGAGGCAGGAAAUGCUGGUGUUCCUGGGCAGAGGGGAGCUCCUGGAAAGGAUGGUGAAGUUGGUCCUUCUGGUCCCGUGGGGCCCCCGGGUCUAGCUGGGGAGAGAGGAGAACAGGGACCUCCAGGCCCCACUGGCUUUCAGGGGCUUCCUGGUCCUCCAGGGCCUCCUGGGGAAGGUGGAAAGCCAGGUGAUCAGGGAGUUCCUGGAGAUCCUGGAGCAGUUGGCCCAUUAGGACCUAGAGGAGAACGCGGAAAUCCAGGUGAGAGAGGAGAACCAGGAAUAACCGGACUCCCUGGGGAGAAGGGAAUGGCUGGGGGCCACGGCCCUGACGGUCCAAAAGGCAGUCCAGGGCCAUCGGGGACCCCUGGAGAUACAGGCCCACCAGGACUUCAAGGUAUGCCAGGAGAGAGAGGAAUUGCAGGAACUCCGGGCCCUAAGGGUGACAGAGGUGGCAUGGGAGAGAAGGGUGCUGAAGGCACAGCUGGAAACGAUGGAGCGAGAGGUCUUCCAGGUCCCUUGGGUCCGCCGGGUCCUGCAGGUCCCACUGGAGAAAAGGGUGAACCUGGCCCUCGAGGUUUAGUUGGCCCUCCCGGCUCCCGUGGCAAUCCUGGUUCUCGCGGCGAAAAUGGCCCCACUGGGGCUGUUGGUUUUGCUGGACCUCAGGGUCCCGAUGGGCAGCCUGGAGUAAAAGGGGAACCCGGAGAGCCAGGACAGAAGGGAGAUGCAGGCUCUCCUGGGCCACAAGGUCUAGCAGGAUCCCCAGGCCCUCAUGGUCCUAAUGGUGUUCCUGGACUCAAAGGUGGCCGAGGAACUCAGGGUCCACCCGGUGCUACAGGGUUUCCUGGUUCUGCUGGCAGAGUUGGACCUCCAGGCCCUCCUGGAGCUCCAGGACCUGCGGGGCCCUUAGGGGAACCUGGGAAGGAGGGACCGCCAGGUCUUCGUGGGGACCCUGGCUCUCAUGGGCGAGUGGGAGAUCGAGGACCAGCUGGCCCCCCUGGUGGCCCAGGAGAUAAAGGAGACCCAGGAGAAGAUGGGCAACCUGGUCCUGACGGUCCCCCGGGCCCAGCUGGAACCACUGGACAGAGAGGAAUUGUGGGCAUGCCAGGACAGCGUGGAGAGCGAGGCAUGCCCGGCCUGCCGGGCCCAGCGGGCACACCAGGAAAAGUAGGACCUACUGGUGCACCAGGGGAUAAAGGUCCACCUGGCCCCGUGGGACCCCCGGGCUCAAAUGGCCCUGUAGGGGAGCCUGGACCCGAAGGUCCAGCUGGUAAUGAUGGUACUCCAGGACGGGACGGUGCUGUUGGAGAACGUGGUGAUCGUGGAGACCCUGGACCUGCAGGUCUGCCAGGCUCUCAGGGUGCCCCUGGAACUCCCGGCCCAGUGGGUGCCCCAGGAGACGCAGGACGGAGAGGAGAUGCGGGUUCUCGGGGUCCUAUAGGACCACCUGGUCGAACUGGAAAACGUGGCUUACUUGGACCCCAAGGACCUCGAGGUGACAAAGGUGAUCACGGUGACAGAGGUGACCGAGGUCAAAAGGGUCACAGGGGCUUCACUGGUCUUCAAGGUCUUCCUGGACCUCCUGGUCCAAAUGGUGAACAAGGCAGUGCUGGAAUUCCUGGACCAUUUGGCCCAAGAGGUCCUCCAGGUCCAGUCGGUCCCUCAGGUAAAGAAGGAAACCCUGGACCACUUGGGCCUAUCGGGCCUCCUGGUGUGCGGGGCAGUGUUGGAGAAGCAGGACCUGAGGGUCCUCCUGGUGAGCCUGGUCCACCUGGUCCCCCCGGUCCCCCAGGCCACCUUACAGCUGCUCUUGGAGAUAUCAUGGGUCACUACGAUGAGAGCAUGCCGGAUCCACUUCCAGAGUUUACCGAAGAUCAGGCGGCUCCGGAUGACAAAAACAAAACUGACCCCGGGGUUCAUGCUACCCUGAAGUCACUCAGUAGUCAGAUUGAAACCAUGCGCAGUCCUGAUGGCUCUAAAAAGCAUCCAGCCCGGACGUGUGAUGACCUAAAGCUUUGCCAUUCUGCAAAGCAGAGCGGUGAGUACUGGAUUGAUCCUAACCAGGGAUCUGUUGAAGAUGCAAUCAAAGUUUACUGCAACAUGGACACAGGAGAAACAUGUAUUUCAGCAAACCCAUCCAGCGUUCCACGUAAGACCUGGUGGGCCAGCAAGUCUUCUGACCAUAAGCCUGUUUGGUAUGGUCUUGAUAUGAAUAGAGGAUCUCAGUUUGUUUAUGGAGAUCAUCAGUCACCUAAUGCAGCCAUUACUCAAAUGACCUUCUUGCGCCUUCUAUCAAAAGAAGCCUCCCAGAACAUUACUUACAUCUGUAAAAACAGUGUAGGAUACAUGGAUGAUCAAGCCAAGAACCUCAAGAAAGCUGUGGUUCUCAAAGGGUCAAAUGACUUGGAAAUCAAAGCAGAGGGAAAUGUUAGAUUCAGAUAUAUCGUUCUUCAUGAUACUUGCUCUAAACGAAAUGGAAAUGUGGGCAAGACCAUCUUUGAAUAUAGAACGCAGAACGUGGCACGCUUACCCAUCAUAGAUCUUGCCCCUGUGGAUGUUGGCAGCACAGACCAAGAAUUUGGCAUCGAAAUUGGGCCAGUUUGUUUUGUGUAAAGCAAGCCAAGAUACAUUGACUAUGAGCACCACCCCCGCCAUCAAUGACCACCCCAUUCACAAGAAUUUUGACUGUUUGAAGCUGAUCCUGAGACUCUUGAAAUAAUGGCUGAUCCUGCAUCAGCAUUGUAUAUAUGGUCUUAAGUGCCUGGCCUCCUUAUCCUUCAGAAUAUUUAUUUUACUUACAAUCCUCAAGUUUUAAUUGAUUUAAAAUAUUUUUCAAUACAGCAGUUUAGGUUUAAGAUGACCAAUGACAAUGACCACCUUUUAAAAAAGUAAACUGAUUGAAUAAAUGAA